GGAUGACCUCGGCGUGAGCUGGUCAAAAGUCUCGGAUACCAGGUCGGUACUAUGCUCCCACUCUUCGAUGCUCCCCCGCCUUUCUCGCUCCCGCCUUGUCAAACGGACAGUAUACACUACAUUCGGUCUUAGCGCAGCUUACCUCGCAGACACUGAACUCAAUGCAUCCGCCGUCACCCGUAACCUCCGUACACUAUGGACUUGUGCGCUUAUAUCAGCGGACUACAAGCUCAACUUUACACCAGAGCAUGCAGACCGUAUACCUGCCAUACACCAGCGCGUCGCAGAUCGAAUGUACGACCUCUUCACUAGCAAUGGCGGACUUUACAUAAAGAUUGGUCAAGCAAUAGGCGCAAAUGCUGCGCUCAUGCCUGCACCAUUUCAGCAAAAGUUCGCCCGCCUCUUCGACGAUGCUCCACAAAUUCCUUAUUCCACCAUUGCCCGCGUAUUCCAACGCGAAUUUAACAAAUCUCCUCAAGAGCUCUUUGCCUAUUUCGAUGAGAAAGCCAUAGCCAGCGCCUCCGUAGCACAGGUCCACAAAGCAUGUACAUGGGAUGGAGACUGGGUUGCAGUGAAAGUGCAGAAGCCAGACGUGGGGCGCCAGAUCAAUUAUGACCUCAUGGCGUUUAGAGCUGUCAUGUGGGCAUUCGAGAAGUGGGUGUUUGAUCUACCUGUUUAUUUUGCCGUCGAUUUUAUCUCUACUCACCUCCGUGCUGAACUUGAUUUCAUUGCCGAGGCUUCUAAUUCACAACGGACUGCAUCUCUAGUUUCUUCCGAGCCCCGCCUAGCUGGCAAAGUUCACAUUCCAAAAGUAUAUCCCGAAUACUCAACCAAACGUGUGCUAACAGCGGAAUGGAUCGAUGGCGUGCGACUAAGUGAUCAGGAGGCACUAGGUCGAGCUGUCGGGGAGAGGUUGCCUGAAAAAAGCGGGGGUAUGUUUGCUGAUACGGGGCAUGAGGAGAAGAAAAAUGGGGUUCCCGAGAGCAUGCGUAACGUGAGGUUAAAGGGCGGUUUGCAAGCAAUAAUGCAUACGAUGGUCGAGUUCUUCAGUGCACAAAUGUUCGACUGGGGUUUUGUCCACUGCGAUCCACACCCGGGGAACAUAAUAAUUCGUGCUCGUCCAGGGCCCUCCUCAUCAUCCUUCUUGUCUCGACUGUUCUCAAAGCCCGUCCUCCGCGACCCUCAACUGGUACUAUUAGACCAUGGCCUCUACGUGACCAUACGCCCCACCGUAAAGCGCCAGUACGCUUCUCUCUGGCGUGCACUCCUCACCUCGGAUUGGGACACGAUAAGAGACGUCACCGAAAGUUGGGGGGUUGGCGAGGCGGGGCUGUUUGCAAGUGCUGUCCUGAUGCGUCCUGUGAGGAUUGGGCGGACGGGUAACGGGUCGAGUCGGCGUACAGGGAAGGGUAUCGGAGCUAAUGGGGAUGCUGGCAGGGAGCUGAACGCAUAUGAGCAGAGCGUACGGAUGAAAGAGCGACUAAAACGGUUCCUUGUCGAUACAGAUAAGAUGCCCAAGGAGCUUAUUUUCCUAGGGCGGAAUAUGCGAAUCGUACAAGGCAACAACCAAUCCCUCGGUUCUCCAGUCAACCGCAUCAAAAUCACCGCCUCUUGGGCUUCCCGCUCGCUCGUCAUGAUGCAUGAACUCAUACCCACCACAAGAUCAUUCCCAUCCUCUCGCGCAUGGUGGGCCCACCUCAGCACGCGCGAGCUCUGGCGUGACGUACUCUUCCGGGCUGCCAUGUUCAGCCUCGACGUUACGUUCUGGAUAUCGAAGGUUCGGCAACGCGUGCGUUCGUUGAUGGGCCUCGCGAAUGGCGGAUUUGAGGAUGAGUUGGAGAGGAGUGUGAGGGGGUUUGCGAGAAGUGCGUUUGGAGUUGAGGUGGGGCCUGAGGCGUUUGAGGGGUAGGUUUGAAUGUGCGGGUGUGUAGCAGCGCCGGGCCCGGGGGCACUCAUCCCUAUUCGCUACUCUUAGAUGAUCUAGCUAGACCUGGACUCAUACGUUUCAUUGGUGUACGUUUGACACGGCGAUUUGGUUGCCGCCAUAUAACUUACAUAGUAAUAUUACUUAUCUCUGAACACCC